UACGGCCUUUACCGCUAGAUGGCAGUGUUUUGUGACACAGAAGUAGGUCAAGAAAUGUACACAUGUCAUUGUGUUAGUUGCGACAAUGAAUUGCGUUGGUUGUGCAUCUAUAAAAUCCACCAAUCAACCUCGAAAUUUUUACCGUCUCCGACGAACAGGAAGUUCUUGGGGAAGCGGCAGUUUUGUGAAAGUAUUUGUUAGUGUAGUUUUCAUUGAGAUUAAGUUAGCAUAUCUAGUGUGCAUUAUGGUCAAACUUACAGAGAGUUUAGUGUUGGGGAGAUCCAGGGCGUCAGACUUGGAGAGCGUCAGGAAACUGAACUGUUGGGGGAGUGACCUAGAUGAUGUCAGCAUUCUUAAACACAUGCCUAAUGUAGAAGUGGUCAGUCUCAGUGUAAACAAAAUCACCAGUUUAGCCAACUUCGCUCAUUGUUCCAAGCUCCAAGAGCUGUACAUCCGUAAAAAUAUGAUCACUAACCUGGCAGACAUCUGUUAUCUGAAGCACCUGCCAAACCUGAGGACCCUCUGGCUCAGUGACAACCCCUGUGCAGUGGGAGAUAGAUACAGGCUCACUGUGCUGAAAACAUUGCCUAAUUUACAUAAAUUGGAUAAUAUUGCUGUGCAAGUAGAAGAACUAAACGAUGCAAUAGAGCAGGGAUUAGACCUUCACCUGCCCGAGUCGUCAAGGUCCCCAUCCAAGUCCUCCUCUCAGAGACCCCAAUCUGCUAAGAAAGACAAAGACAGGUCACCGGUGGAGGAUCCUGAUAAACUGACACUGGAACAGACAAAUAAAAUCAGGGAAGAGCUUGGACUGAAGCCGGUUUCCACAGAAAAGUAUUCUCCAGUGAAACAUCACAGGCCUGGGGGCAGCAAGGCCAGGCAAGCCAACCUCCUCCAGGCAGCCCUGUGUUUGGUGAAGGAGCUGGACGUGGACAGUUUAGAAGCUGUGGGGAACGCUGUCAAGGACAGACUAGAGGCUCUCUGAUAUCAGGCCUCACUUUGUUAUAAACAUGAAACAUUGUACAACUGAGAAAAAUAUGGACCUGAGUCUAGAUGUAAAAAAAAAGAAAACUUCAGAGAGUUCACAUAAUAGUGAUAAUCUUGAUAACACUGUGAACAUUUGUGGGUGUUGCCUAGAGCUUGGUUACAGUGCAAUUACCCUUGAAUGUUGCUGUAACGACUGUUGGAGUAUUAAAGGCAAAAUGUGUAGGGGUGUGUCUUAAAGCUCUCACCUGAGUUUAGCAGUCUGUGGUUACUGGAGCCAUGAGGUACUCAACAGAUCUUGUUCUUAACAUAUCACAUGACUGUGUCUCCAAGAUUACUGUUCCCUGCACAGUACAGGGUGUACCAAAACUUAUGGAACGGUCUGUGAAAAUUAUUGUGGGUACCCAAUUUUCGGGUUUAACCAAAGUGAACAUUUGUGUGUAUAUUAGGACCAAGAUAUUUAAUUAUCUCAUCUUAUAUUUAUUUAUUGUAAGUAGUGUGAAUUGCAGCAAUCUUUGAAACAGAAUGUUACUCUUCUGAUCCCUGUGUCCUCUAUGUGGAUAUUGUACUUCUUUUAAAUUUCAUACUUAGAUGUUCACAUAUAUACUUGAUGUACAGUGAGAACUGGUAAAUAGUUAUUAAAAACCGUCCAUAUGAAAAACACUACAUAGAUUGAACUAACAUAAAAAUAUAUUUAUUUAUUGGCA